CUAUAAAAACGCAAAGGCUGCAAUUGAUUGAGUUAGUAACGAAAUCGGAACGUUCGCUUCAGUCGUCGAUCAAGCGAAUUGGUCCCCAAAAAAAUUACCAUUCCAAGAUGGGAGCAUUCAAUGUUAGGAUCUGUGUCUUGGCGGCCUGUCUUUUCCUGGCGUCGCAGUCCACCGGCUACACGAUGGACGAUCUGUGCAAACAGUGGUCGGGCACUGGCUACAUCGGCAAUCCGAGCAACUGCCGUGGCUGGGGAUACUGCAUGAACCAGCAGACUGUGGCAUGGGGUACCUGUGAAGAGGGAUAUGUGUUUAACGUGCAGACCGAAUGCUGUGAAAACAAAACUACCACGCCGUGCUCCACCAGUGCCGUGCAAACUUGCUCCGCAAUCAAAUCUCCCAUUUAUGUGGCCAAUUUGUUGAACUGCACCGAAUACGCCCAUUGCGAUGGCCAGGGCAAAAUCGCCUAUGGCGAUUGCGGCGCUGGAGGCGUCUUUUCGGAGUCCACCACGAGCUGUGAGUGGGGACCCGCCUGCCCGCAAGAUAACAUCUGUCGGUUCAUGCCGUCCAACAUCUUUGUUGGCGAUCCGAAAAAGUGCGGCAACUACAUGAACUGCAUCAAUGGCUAUGGCACUUCGACCGCAUGUACCGUUUCCCCAUAUAUAUACUACAAUGCAGCCACUGGCAAAUGCCAGUCGACUAAUCCGUGCACCGGCGGCAACACAAACAGUGGAGAUUCCGGCCAGUUUACUGUUGGACAAACAAGUGAAGACGUAUGUAACGCAGAGGACUUUGAUGCUGCAGAUACCCUUACUGUAGACGGGAAAGAGGUUGACUAUAAGUACUUUAGUGAUUCUGAAACCUGCUAUGGUUACUACUACUGUGCAAAAGCCGGAGCCAUUGGCUAUUGGAACCAAUGUCCCACCGGUACCCAGUUCAAUAGUAAGCUGGGCAAGUGCGUCUCGCCAGCCUCCUUUGUGUGUACCCAUAACCGAUGUGGAAACGUUAACAGCAAAUUCAUGGCCGUUGAGGGUUGCCUGAGCUACACGAUCUGUUCCAGCGGAGAAACCGCUAAUUGUCCCUCCACAUCGAAGUACUACGACGAGGUGAACAAUAUGUGCACCUCCACAAUCCCCAAAUACGCUAUUUGUUCGUCGACGUAGACGUAUUGAGCGAGUAUA